AUGCCUGAAAGUACAGAUCACUUGGACCACGAGAAAAUGCUCGAUCCGCCAAAAGGAUUUUUCGAGAGGUCCACUUCCAAACCUAAUCUUGCCUCGUUGGACGAGUAUAAAAAGCUCUACAAACAGUCGAUCGAAGACCCGGCCACGUUUUUUGGAAAUGCUGCGAAACUGUUCUUGGACUGGGACAGACCGUUUGACUACACGAGAUUUCCCGUUGAUCCUAAAGACGACUUUAAAAAUGGAGAUAUUCCAUCUUGGUUCAUCAAUGGUCAAUUGAACGCUUCGUACAAUGCUGUGGACAGAUGGGCGAUGAAAAACCCAGAAAAACCCGCCAUCAUUUACGAGGCUGACGAGGUCAACGAAGGCAGAACCAUCACCUAUGGUGAAUUGCUCAAGGAUGUCAGCAAGUUGGCAGCUACUCUUACCAAUCUCGGAGUCAAGAAAGGCGACUCCGUAGCGGUUUAUUUGCCCAUGAUCCCAGAAGCAAUUGUGACUCUCUUGGCUAUCGUUAGAAUUGGUGCGCUCCAUUCCGUGGUGUUUGCUGGUUUCUCGUCCACGUCGUUGCGGGACAGAAUCAUCGAUGCCGACUCCAGAAUCGUCAUCACCGCCGAUGAGUCCAAGAGAGGCGGAAAGACCAUCGAGACGAAAAAAAUCGUGGACGACGCAUUGAAGGAAUGUCCCCAUGUGCGCAACGUGCUUGUGUUCAAGAGAACCGGAAACUCUCAUGUCCCAUUCCUGGCUGGCCGUGAUCUUUGGUGGCACGAUGAGUUGCAGAAAUACGGACCAUAUUUCCCUCCCGUACCAGUUAACUCUGAGGAUCCAUUGUUCUUGUUGUACACUUCUGGUUCCACCGGAAAACCAAAGGGUGUUCAGCACAACACCGCAGGUUACCUUUUGGGUGCAUUAAUGACGGCUAAGUACACCUUUGAUCUCCACGAGGAAGACAUCAUCUUCACCGCUGGAGAUGUGGGCUGGAUUACUGGCCACACUUAUGUGGUUUACGGUCCAUUAUUGUGUGGUGCGACUACAGUCGUCUUCGAGGGAACCCCAGCUUAUCCCGACUAUUCUAGAUACUGGGACGUCGUCGACAAGUACAAGGUGAACCAGUUUUAUGUUGCACCCACUGCUUUGCGUCUCCUCAAGAGAGCCGGCACAAAGUACGUUGAAAAGCACGAUUUGAGCUCUCUUCGUGUUUUGGGCUCUGUUGGUGAACCCAUUGCUGCUGAGGUAUGGCACUGGUACAACGACAAUAUUGGCCGCGGAAAGGCUCAUAUUGUAGACACCUACUGGCAAACUGAAUCGGGUUCACACUUGUUGACUCCUUUGGCUGGUGUGACCCCAACCAAACCUGGUUCUGCUUCGUUGCCAUUUUUCGGUAUUGACGCUAGAAUCUUGGACCCAGUCUCAGGCAAGGAUUUGGUGGAUAACAACGUCGAGGGUGUGUUGUGUGUCAAGUCUGCCUGGCCGUCUAUCACUAGAGGUAUUUACCACGACUACGCCAGGUACAUUGAAACAUACUUGAAGCCAUACCCUAACCAUUAUUUCCUGGGAGAUGGUGCUGCCAGAGACAAGGAUGGCUUUUUCUGGAUUUUGGGUAGAGUCGACGAUGUUGUCAAUGUAUCUGGUCAUAGAUUGUCAACUGCUGAAAUCGAAGCUGCCUUGAUCGAACAUGAAUUGGUGGGAGAAAGUGCUGUGGUUGGCUACGCUGACGAGUUGACUGGUCAGGCUGUGGCUGCGUACGUAUCUUUGAAAUCCAAUGUCGAGGUCGACGACUUGGAAGCUAUCAAGAAAGAGUUGAUCUUGACGGUUCGGAAGGAAAUCGGUCCUUUCGCUGCUCCAAAGUUGAUCUUAUUGGUGGAUGAUCUUCCCAAGACGAGAUCUGGAAAGAUCAUGAGAAGAAUCUUGAGAAAGGUGUUGGCAGGCGAAGAAGAUCAAUUGGGCGACAUCUCUACAUUGUCGAACCCCCAGGUGGUUUCCCAAGUGAUCGAGGUCGUAAAAGCUUCACGUAAGUAA